AACUGUGAACUUGAUACGUGCAAAACCACGAUCUUACAGACGAAACUGUGCGUGCAAAACUGUGCCUAAGUAAUGUUAUACCUUUUUAUACUGACCCGCGUUCGCGUCGUGCCUUUAUGUGUUGCACAAUAUGUAUAUAUGAAAUUUGUUACCUUGACAACUUCGCUUAUUGAUGUUGAUUCUCGGUCGUGAGUGAUUAGUGUUAAUUUCUGAAAAGUGUUUAACAUUUAUAGUUAAAAAGAUGGAUGGUUGUUUCGGCUAUCACGAACUAAAAGCAUUGGAGGAAUUGAUUAAUCAUUCCAAGAACGAUUCAGAAUCCGAAGAUGAUUUGCCACAGGCUGGGGCUCGAAAACUUGGACCUGGUCAUAUCAGAGCUCAGAAUGGGAUGUCUCAUGCGGGUCCACAUGCAUCGUUGAAACCGGAAGGCGACGAUAUUUGGCAUCCGUCUGAAGUAACCGCUGUGCAAAGUUUGGAAGCCUAUGAUCCUAGGGAGGUGCCAGAAUACGAAAUGAAAUUUAAACAGGCGGUGACAGCGGAAGAUGUCUUUCUGGGAAUGGGAUUCAAAACGCCAAGCAGUGCGUCCUGCGAGUGGUUAUCCGUGCUCGUGAAGAUGCCGAUGGAAACGCGAGAGAAGAUCGAAUUGUCCGUGGAAACCGAGGCAAUCGACAUACGCAGUCCAAGAUAUCGGUUACAUCUCGAAACACCGCAUCCGGUUGAUCCUAAUGCCUCGUUGGCUAAAUGGCACGGCGACACCUCCACCUUGGAGAUUUGCCUGAGGCUUGUGCGCGAGUUGGACCGUGUGAAUUUUUAAUCGGCGAUUAGGUGGGCUUUCAACCCCUCGGCUCCGUACGUGCAGCGUUCUGCAUCGGAUGCAACCGAGCAUCUUCGGGCUGCAUUACUGUUCGUAAAGUUAGGGUCACCACACCUAAAUUUCAUUUUGUCGAGAGAGCUGGUAGCCGAAUUCAAUUGCCUUUAAAAGUUUGUCUGCCGAUGCAAUAUUUAUGAGACGAGAUAAUGGUAAGGCUUUUAGAAAAGUUUCUUCAAUGGGUAAGGUGAAAACAUGAGGCAUGAUGAUUAUAAUGAUGGUAUAAGAAAUUAUUUGUUAAUGAGAAUUAUAACAAUUAAUUAGAGCGUGCUACUUUCUUCUGAUGGUCGGAAUCUUUGCGAUAAUUCAUUAAGUAAUAAGUACAAUUAUAGUAUAACUUCAAUCUUUCAUCCUGAAAGUUUAAAGAUCAUUGAUAUCGAUAUUUAAUCUGUACAAUAUCGAGUAUGAUUUAUGUAAUAUGUCCUCGUUGAAUAAUUCACGUAUAAUUGUAUUGGCAUUAUACUUGGAUGCACAACUUCCUAUUUCCCGACCACAUUACGCAAAUCGGACAGAUUCGAUUUGAUACACAAAUCGCUCGUCUCGCCCCUUACGUUCGGCAGGCUUAUAGACUUUUCCAUUACGUUCACACCAGUGAGUGUGCCGCACGACAGUAGAUUUGGUAGAAUAUAGAUCGGACGAGACAGGUAUAGCAGUUGAAGUUCUCCGAGGCUGCAUUUCACUCGGCCAUUAUGGUUUUCCCAUUUCCUGCAUGUGAUAUUCAGGUAAAAGGCAUUCAGGCGGAUGGAUAGGAACACGUGUGACCCAUGAAAGCAAUGAGAGCGAAAGAGAGAAGAAAGUAAUGGAUGGGGGUGGGAGUAAUGGACGAAUAGUGGUCAUAGUUGGCAGAGAUAUGAAAAUAAUUGUGCAGAGAGCACGUGGGUUCUAGGGUGCGUGUCUGAACAGGCGAUACUCAUGGAAGUAGUAAAGCGACUAAUCCGUAAUUUUCUGUUAGGAAUGAAUCUGAUGAUAAGCAUGUUCUUAAAAUUUUUCCAUGAUAAGGGUUUUUGUCACCUUUUUUUAAAUAUUAUUUCAGUUUUCCCAUUAGGGAAUCUUUUAUGGUAUAAUUACAUGCAUUACUUCCAUUAAUAGAGUGAGAUGGAACCGAUACAUUUUAAAAUAAUGAAAAGUGUCGAUUUUCUUUAUCUGUUCGCAAUAUAUCAGAUGUAGGUUAAAAGUGGUGAGGAUAUUUUCAUGAUUCAAUUCGUUAGAGACCGAAAUCGUAAGUUUAUGCGAAUUUGCAUAAAAGUAAAUCUUCCGGAGAGAGAAUUUUCUUCUUUUAUUACGACUUUGUUCUUUGCACGGAUUUUAUGUCUCCGUUUCUUCCUUUUUUAUAAGUGAAAGAAGCUUACUUCGUAAAUGAGGAGAAACUGGAGAUAGUAAGGAUUGAGGAGAUUUUGCUAUUUAACCGUGAGAGAUAGAAGCAUCAAAGAAAGCGCAAAGUUUUUUAUGUAGAACAAAAAAUUAAAAAUUAAUAUUGCAUAAUUCCUUGUAACGGGGUUCAUAAAAAUUAUCCUUCUUGUUUUCAUUUAUCGGAAGUGAUAAAAGAUCGAUAUCGCAACAUUUGUUAUUACUAUGUGGAACACUAAAGGGGAACACGAUACAUGUAUAAUGUGCAGCGUGUUAUAGCGCGUGACGUUACGGUAAUUAGAAAAUCUUGUGUUUAGGAAGCUGCAAACUAUUCGUGUAUCAUAAUAUAACAGGCGAAGUCGCGGGAACAAACUUAACCGGUCGCUUUGGGAGACCGGGUAAUUUGUCUUUGGUAAAUUAAUAACAUCGUGGUGUCUUUUGGCGAAAAGUUUUCAACGCAAGCCUGCCAUCUGACUUCCGUUCAAAUUCGAUGAUUUAUUUUCUUGUGUGUUACUGAGGCGAACAAAAUGCAAUUACGUGCUGCGAGAAGUUCUAUCUAAAAAAAAGUGGAAAGAAAAAUAGAGAAAACGCUAACACGAGAAGAAUACAAAACAAGUAAAAAAUAUUGUUAUGCAGUAUUUAAUUGAUUAAAUCAUAGAUAAUUUAGAUAAUGACUUAUUGUCUCGGCCAUUUUUCCUAACUUUUGAGCGUAUAAAGAAAUAUUUAUUUAGUUACACAAUCGUAUAGCUAUGUUCUACUAAAUACAGAGUGCAUAAUUAACAUGCCGUGGAACUAGAUGAAUUAGAUUAGGUGAAAGAUAAAUCAGCGAUAGGCGUGGCCAAUUCACCGCGAAGCUCACAAUCAGAACAUUUCGAUAAAUUGUCGGACGGUCUCGCGUGGGAUAUCGUGAAAUUGCUUUGACACAUUUCCUACCGUAUGCCCGAAUCCUGCCGCGCAACUGGAAAUCGAUAAAUUAACCGAUAGAUAAUGCACGCAGCCAGAUGGAACGUGUCUGGUUGUGUGUUGUUGUUCGUCAAUUGUACACAUAUUCGUAGCUUUUGGCCCGUCGUUAUCCGUGCCAGUUAUCAGACGUCGGAUAAUAAAAAUUUUUGUAAUACGCCAAAUCUUUAUAUAUACUUUUUCGAAGUAACACUUCAACGAAAUUUUAAUAUUAUUUUUUUUUAACUCUAUUUUUAAACAUCAAUCUCGAAAUCUUAAGCUCUUGAAAAACAAAAAGAAAUCGUCACGAAAAUGAUUUUACUCGCAUCUUUAGUCGCAUAAAUGCAUAAACCCUUUUGAAAGAUAAUUGGAUAAAUUUUAACGAGCCACGAAUCUUUUGUUUUCCAUUCGGUACGUUCUCCAUAAAUUAAUAUUUACCAGAAACGGGGAAGUAAAGUAAAGUGAGCUACUUUUCAACUUUGCCGUCGCUCGAAUUUAUUUAGACCAAAGCAGUUGCUGAAGCAAACGACCUCUCUCCCUCUCCUCUGUUGUCUGCUGAUACCGGGGGCUAAAUUCUCAUUGCUCCCGCUUCAUAGUUUUAAGCGAGCGUCAUUUGUUAUCGGCGAGACGAGAGAAGACGCAUAGAUAUCACUUUAAUUUCUAAUGCAUUCUACAUAUUUCGAGAGCGUGCCCUCGCGUAGGACCGAACUGGAGGAGAUGGCACGUGCAGUUUAAAAGUUCAUCAAGCCGGUGCUGUGCAUUCGUAAAUCUAAAUAAACGACGACAGAAAAGUGGAUCGCUUAAUGCGAAUCGACAACACAUGACAUCAUAGCGUUUCAUCACGUGUCAUCGUAGAUCGUGUUAGAAGCGAACGUUUUCUUGUACCAUAAUUCGCAAUCACGUGACCCGUCUUUUAACAAAUGUGAAUGAAAUGAAUGCGGACAGAGCGUCGCAAAUUAAACGCGUGAACCUUUUGUUUGAUCUCUUAUCUCCCGUCAAUAAGAACGUGAUGUCAUCAUUAUGAUUAUAAAAGAUUUAUUGACCAUUCAACGACACGAUUGCUCGUCUGCCUUGCAUAACUUUUAGUAAAGACAUUGCUAUCUUAAUUUUGACUAGACUAGGUCAAUGAUUGCGAACUAUGGACCUGCAAAAGCAAUUGGAGUCAUGGGAAUCGUAGAUGGACAGAACGAGUAACUUGUGGUUGUUUAAAACAAAUAUUUGUGAUUCUACAAAUGCGAUAGCAAUUUUCGAAUGCUUUUCAUAAUCAAACAAGCAUUUUCAUCGUGCAAUUAAUUGGUAUAUGCACUUUAAAUGACGAAAUCUAUUAUAUCGUAAACCGUGUUCUUUCCAAACGGCUUGUUCAGUUGUUUAU